GCCCGCCCUGACAGCAUCCACACACAACAGAGUGUGUGUGUCUGUUCCAGGGAGAAUAUCAGCUGUGCACAGGGAGGAGAGGAUUAGCUCGAGCACUCAGCUCAUCUGCAUACACGUUCUCAGAGAAGUACAUGAGCACCCAGUGCUGCUCCUCUUUUGUAUGAAACCUGGCACUGCCAUCACACAGGCUCCACUUCAUCUACUGUCACUGCUCAGAGAGGAUUUAAAAGGGACCACUGUUAUUGUUUUUUUUGUCUCCUUUUUACAUGAUUCCACAUUCUAUUUUUAAAUCAUUGUCUGAGAUGUCUCUACAUUUUUGGGACAAUGACACUGAUAUCCUUUGAUUUGGACUUCCUCUGAGCAUAAAAGAGUUUUUCUGCUCUUUGUUUUGGGCACUUUUUUUCCUCUGGCGUUUGGUUUGUGGAGACUGAAGCACCAGGAUGCCAUCUAGAGAGUCCUACGAGAUUCACAAAGAAGAGAAGUCCCUGGUGCAAAAGGCCAAGCGAGAGGCCAAUCAGGAGGAUAUUCUGGCUGCAGCUCUGGGGAUGAGGAUGGGGCCACAGAAACCUCCAGCCACUUUCUGGCAGCCGCUUAAACUAUUCGCCUAUUCACAGCUCACCUCACUGGUGCGCAGGGCUUCACUGAAGGAGAGCGAGCGGACUCCCAGAUCUGAGAAAGUCCACAACUUCAAGGUCCACACCUUCAGGGGGCCUCACUGGUGUGAACACUGUGCCAACUUCAUGUGGGGACUGAUGGCUCAGGGGGUCAAAUGUGCAGAUUGUGGGUUAAACGUCCACAAGCAGUGCUCUCCACUGGUACCCAAUGACUGCAAACCAGACCUGCGACACAUCCGUAAAGUGUACAGCUGUGACCUUACGACCCUGGUGAAAGCCUACAACACAGCACGGCCCAUGGUGGUGGACAUGUGCAUACGAGAGAUUGAGUCCAGAGGACUGAGGUCUGAAGGUCUCUACAGAAUAUCUGGAUUCAGCGACUCUGUGGAGGAAGUCAAGAUGGCGUUUGACAAAGAUGGCGAGAAGACAGACAUCUCAGUGACUGCCUAUGAAGACAUCAAUAUCAUCUCGGGUGCUCUCAAACUGUACCUGAGGGAUUUGCCUGUUCCUGUCAUCUCAUACGACGCUUACCCGAGGUUCAUCGAGGCUGCAAAGCUCACAGAUCCAGAGAAGAAAGUGGAAGCUUUCCGUGAGGCUCUGGCUCUGCUUCCACCAUCUCACAGUGAAACUUUGAAGUACCUCAUGGCACACUUAAAAAGGGUGACACAGAAUGAGGAAUUUAACCUGAUGAACGCAGAGAACCUCGCAAUCAUUUUCGGUCCCACCCUCAUGCGCGCACCAAACCUGGAUGCCAUGACAGCACUCAACGACAUCCGUUACCAGAGACAGGUGGUGGAGCUGCUUAUUAAAAAAGAAGAAGUUCUCUUCUAGACACAGAUUAAGACUUUUAAGAGAAUGCUGUCUGAUAAUUCCUUUGUGUAAAGACUUGACUGUUUGUAUGACAUUUAUUGAUACAUUUUUUAAACGCCCUGCGUAUGGACGAGUGCUGCCCUAGCAUCUGUCCUCCCUUGUGUUAAGGGGUCAACGAUGAACUUUACACUUGUACGUACUCUAUAUCUCCCCAUUUCUGUCGGGGGAUUUUCAGAAGCUGACAGACCAGCGUGCAUGGUGCGAGGUCUUAGUUGCUUUGUAGUUGUAACCCAGCAUGUGUUCAGAACGUGUAGCGCUGUUAUUUUUUUGCUUUUGUCUAGUCUCUACUAGUCCACAUUCCCAGCUGCCUGCUGUGCAGUUUUUUCUGUGAAACAUUGUACAGCUGGAUGUAAAAAUAAGCUACUGAUUUUUCUUGGGUGAUUUCUAUGAUGCUUUUAUGAUGUUUUUUUUAUUUUUUAUCUCCUCAACUGUUUUUAUGUAACCUGACGUAGAAUGAGCCUUUCCUGUUAAUGUGUACACACUGGUGAAUUUGCCUGACCUUAACAUUUUUAUUGUGUUUUAAACAGAAUUUUUUUUGUGAAUUUAAUUUUGUACUGUGAUGUUUUGUACACACCUUGUGCAUGAUCACUUUAAUUUAUUAAACCUUACUCUGAUAAACAGCGUGCCCAAGAGUUCUCUGAAUUACUGUAGAUAUGUUAGACCGUACAUAAGAAGGGGACAUGGCUGUGACAUUAUCAUCUGAUUUGUUGACUCAUUUUCUGAGGCCUCAAAUUUGGCCAUAUUUAUUUUUAUAAUCCAAAGUCACUGUAUUUGGACAAGAGGUUGGAGCUUUAGAGGAGCCAGAGAUUAGCGAAUGCUAAUUUAUGAUGAUAAUGCUGGUGCUAGCUCGGUUGGCAUGCUGCAUCUGUAAUACACCAUAUAUGUUUUUUUGUGUUUCUUACCCCAUGUUUAUCAUGUCUAGUUUUACUUCCUGCCUUGAGUGUUUCCCGCCUUAAUGAUUGUGUGCCCUUCCCUGAUUGUUUUUACCGGUGUCUUAUGACUACGGAGCCCCUGAAGUCCCAAAAAGUAAAAAAAAAAAAAAUGUGCGCACAAGCUAUUAUCUAAUUAUCUCAUCGCACAAAAUAAUAACUUUUGUGCACAAAAUAAAUCAAACGUGCUGGUGUUUCCUGUUUGUAUUUCCUCAUGGCAUGCCUUGUGUUUUCUCGUUGGACCUUGUUAUUUGCUUCUUCUUAAUUUUGGUUUCCCUUGACUCCUUUAAUAAUUAAUAUAUUGUUUAGUCUUGUGUUUAUUGAUAAAUUCUGCACUUAGUUCAUCUUCCUUUGGUAAAUGACCAAACAUGACACUUACUUCCAAUUUUGGUUGGUAGAAAAGGGUAUUGAACAAAAUAUACUUAUCAAAAAAAUUAACAUGACUCUUUUGAUAUCCUUAGGUUGAACUAAAUGCUGAACAGGUUCUACAGGUUGUUACUGAAUUACACAGAGAAAAGCUGGUUUAAGGCACUUUAAGGAAUUUGCUUUUGUUGGCUUUAUCCACAUCUUGGAUUCAGUCUAAUUAAUAUUAAUGUAUCAAACCGUGUGAUGGACCUGUGACUAUUAUUUUUUGGAUGGGGAUGCAGAAAAUACACUCUGAAUGAGUUUGGUAAACAGCUGGAUUUUUUUUAUAGAUGCAGUAAAUAUUGAGAAAGAUAUCUUUCAUUUUAAUGUGUGGUGGGGGGUUCCUGGUCACCUGGUUAAUGUGAGUCAACUUUUCAAUUAAAUUUUAGGUCUGCUGUUUUUGUUGUUGUUGUCUUCACCAAUUUUUGAGGAAACAUUCUUUAACUUUAAGUGCUUAACUUCAGCUGUCUAGCUGUUUGUCUGUUGGCCUUAAAAGCAACAAUAUGUAACUUUUUCACCUUUGAAUAGUAGUUUCAAAGAUCGAUUCAAACCUCUUACCCAUUCAAAGAAGUGUAAGGGGUUGUUGUUUUGAUGGAGACUUUUGUUCAUGCUUCCGGCUUGGUCUUAAACUAACAGUGAGAGUGUGUGAGGAAAACUGCAAAGAAACCAUUGUCCUCACGUUUCAAAUAUUGAAGCAUUUUUUUAUUAUUGGAUAGCAAAGGUUUGAUGCAAGCGUUGCAUGAUGGUAAGCAACAUUCAUAAACAUGUCGACUCUGCCCAGAGAUUGUGACGUCAAAAUGAUGCAGCUUUAAUGCUGCCUCUGAAACCACAUCCUCCUACAGACUGAAUCCAGCUAUAACUCACAGUCCAAUGUCAACCUACACCCCCUUAUUUUCUGAUCCACUUCUCUUUGUCCUCCUCGACGUAUGAAUAAAGUGUUGGCCUUGGAUUAGACCAACAAUUCCUUUA